AUGUCGACGUUGUCUUUGCGUAGCCGCACCUUCUCCAACCUGCUGUGAGUGUUGCCCUACGUUUGGAUUGCAGGGCUCCGGCCGCGACUUGCCGGCUCGCGAUGAACCUGCACAGAACUGACAUGCCUUGCUCCGACACGUUUUGUGCACGUCAUUCUCCAGGCCUACUGUGCGUGUGUCCGCAUCAGGAGCACCACAAUCAGCUGUCAACUUGUCGGCGCGAGCACCAGAGGACCCCCACGCUCACCAUGACGGACCUGCUCCUCGUCACGAUGGCACCGCUGUGCCAACAUGGGCGCUUGGCAAGCCUUCCGCUUCCGCUGCUUUUGCGCGCACCAACGUGAACGGUGAGUGUCUCGAGAGUAUGUAUAGAUAGAGAAAGGGUUGAUUAGUGGAUUUGGGGUCGGGGUCGGGGUCGGGGAGGGAAGCGCUCUUGCAACACAGAAGGGGUAGUUAGCGUGCGAAAGGUGCUGACGCAUGUGCUUUGUCGUCUCAGCGCUUCCAUCCACUGGCUUCGCCUCUAGGUCUUCUCUGCGCGGAAUUCACACCUCCAGCCGUCAAUUGCAGACUGUUCCGGACUUCGGCGCGUACCGAACCUCGAACCCCACGAGCAAUAAGGCAUUCAGCUACUUCAUGGUAGGCACCUUUGGGUUGGUCGCUGCGUCGGGUGCACGAGCGACAGUGCAGGACUUUUUGGCUUCGAUGAGCGCAUCAGCGGACGUUCUUGCCUUGGCGAAGGUGGAAGUUGAGCUGGAAUCCAUUCCGGAGGGAAAGAACGCGAUCAUCAAGUGGCGUGGAAAGCCAGUUUUUGUUCGACACCGUACUGCAGACGAAAUCGAGGAGGCCAACAAAGUCGACGUCAGCAAGCUGCGUGACCCUCAAAAGGACUCGGACCGCGCUCAGCGUCCCGAAUGGCUUGUCAUGCUCGGUGUAUGCACCCAUUUGGGUUGCGUGCCCAUCGGCGAGGCUGGCGACUAUGGCGGCUGGUGAGUCGCUUGAUGGAUGCGUCGCUUUUGUUUGCCAAGGGGCUUACGCUCUGCCUGCUGUUUUGGUACAUAGGUACUGCCCAUGCCACGGUUCUCACUACGACAUCAGUGGCCGCGCACGAAAAGGCCCAGCACCUUUGAACUUGGAGGUUCCAGAGUAGUGAGUACCUCGACGCGCAGUCAUCACUACGGCUACUGACUUUGCCACCUCGAUUUUGCAGCUCUUUCAACGACGGCGAGGGCAAGCUUAUCAUCGGCUGA